AUGCAGUGUUGUUGUGCUUCCAGAGCCUGUUCAUGUGUAUGUUCUAGCUGCCCUCCACUCAAGGAAUCAACAAGUACACGAUUGAUGUACACAUUGUACCUGUUUGCUGGAAUGGCCAUUGCAUGUGUCAUGCUUUCUAAAACAGUUGAAGAAAAACUUAUGCAGGUGCAGCAUAUUAAUGAUGUUUGUCAACAAAUCAAUGCAGGACCUCACUGUCAGUUGGUGUUUGGUUACAUGUCUGUAUACAGGGUCUGCUUAUCUAUGGCAAUUUUUUUUCUAGUUUUGAUGAUUUUUACAAUAAACGUUACAACAAGUAAAUCUUUUAGAGGUGGCAUUCAUAAUGGGUAUUGGUUAUUUAAAUUUCUCAUUUUACUCUGCCUUUGUAUUGGUGCAUUUUUUGUUCCACAUGAAGAUAAGUGGGCCAUAAUUGUUAUGUAUUUUGGGUUUGUGGCAGGAUUUGUCUUUAUUAUAAUACAGCUGGUCCUGCUUGUGGAAUUUGCGUAUUCUUGGAAUCAAAACUGGUCCAAACGAGCGGAUAAGAACAAGUGCUGGUACCUUGCACUUGUGGUAAUCACCAUUAUAAUAUUCGGAGUGGCCAUUGCUGGGUUUGUUUUCCUUGUAAUUUAUUUCACAAGACACAUAGAGGGAUGCUACCUCACAAAAGUAUUUAUCUCUGCUAAUGGUAUACUAUGUGUUGUGAUGACAUUCUUGACAGUACUUCCACCAAUACAAAAGGUUCAACCAAAAUCUAACUUACUACAAGUAGGAAUUGUCUCAGUCUAUAUGAUGUAUCUAACAUUUGCUGCAGCAUCCAGUAUGCCAGAUGACAUUGAACAUAUUACAGUUGGUUUCAAUAGCACAAGUAAUCAGACAAUUUCUAUUGAGGAAAUCACUUCCUGUGUUCCUUCGGCAACAUCAUUUACUGGCCAGUAUAUGGAACUUGUCACUGCAUCAUUUGCUGCUGUAUUCCUCUUCAUUAGUGUAAUAUAUGCAAGUGGUCGAACUGCUGAAUUCCUAACUAGAGCUAACAGUGGAGUGACUACAACAAGCCUUGUAGACUCCCCACAACAUGUAAGAUAUCAUACCAUUGCAUGGUUACAGUAUACAGCAAAACUUGUCUUUAUUGUGCAUUGA